GAGAUUAAAUCCUUUUUUCUUCACCCUUUUUUCACUUUUUUCUAAAAAUUAUUAUGGACGUGGAUAAGCUUACUGCCAUUCCUGGAAUUCCCUAUCCCCAAUUUUAUGAAUUCUUCAUGGAUUGGAAGACACCUGUAGCCAUUGCUGCAUCAUACGCUGUCCUCGUUCAUAUCUUCAAUCCUUCUGCUGAGUCUGCCAAGCUCUCCCGUGUUGAAGCCAAGAACCGUGGUAUCAACAAUGCCUCAAAGUCUAGCAAGUUCAUGACUGCAUUUGUCUUUUUGCACAACUUGUUCCUCUCCCUUUAUUCCGCCAUCACUUUCAUCAACAUGGCUCAAUCCAUGCACAAGACCUUCAACCGUGGUUCAUCAAUUCACGAUGCUUAUUGUGAUAUGGAUAGUUUCUUAUGGAACGAUGGACUUGGUUACUGGGGUUAUCUUUUCUAUCUCUCCAAGUUUUACGAAGUUAUUGAUACCGCUAUUAUUAUCAUUAAGGGUCGUCGUUCAUCUCUUUUACAAACCUAUCAUCAUUCUGGAGCCAUGAUCACUAUGUGGUCUGGCAUGCGUUAUCAAGCACAACCUAUUUGGAUCUUCGUUGUAUUCAACUCAUUCAUUCACUCCAUCAUGUACAUGUAUUAUGCUUUAACCUCAAUUGGUCUUCACCCUCCCGGAAAGCGUUAUUUGACUACUUUGCAAAUCUCCCAAUUCUUGGUUGGUGUCUCCACUGCCAUCAGUUACACAAUUGUUCCCAACUGUCUUAAAUCUCCCGGUCAACAAUUCGCUGUCGCUGUCAACGUUGCCUAUCUCUUACCUCUUACAUAUCUCUUUGUUGACUUUGCUCGCAAGACUUAUGGUAAGCGUAAGGCUGUCAAUACCAAGAAGUCCGAGUAAAAAAUCCCUUUUAUCAUCCUUUUCCAAAUAUAUACAGGGGGAGUGGAGAAUCAAUAUAAUAAGAAAACAAAAAGCAAGCCAAAAAAAAAAAAGAUAGAAAGGGACACGUUUGUUAACCUUAAUCAUAAUAUCUAUCACCCUUAUACACAAACAAAUCCCUAUUUAUUUAGACAUCCUUACUUUAUUUUCUAUUUAUUUUAAUUCUUUCGUUCUUGGAUAUAUUUCAUCCCAACAUUUGUAAUAUAAACCACUUUUUUCAUUUAAGAAUAAAAAAAUUCAAUGAACUCAUUU